UGCGCAGCCUCCACAGCUUCAUUCGCCUUCCCACCUCGCCCCUUGCAAGUUCAUAGCACACCUCGCGGCGGCGGCGCCCGAGACCGGCGGCGGGCGGCGGAGGCAGCAUCAGCCAUGGUGCAUGUCAGCUUCUACCGCAACUAUGGUAAAACUUUCAAGAAGCCAAGGCGUCCGUAUGAGAAGGAGCGCCUUGAUGCUGAGCUGAAGCUGGUAGGUGAGUAUGGCCUGAGGUGCAAGCGUGAGCUGUGGCGUGUGCAGUAUGCCCUCAGCCGCAUCCGGAAUGCUGCGAGGGAGCUCCUCACCCUUGAUGAGAAGAACCCCCGCCGUAUCUUCGAGGGUGAAGCACUCCUGCGCCGCAUGAACCGCUAUGGCCUCCUCGGUGAGGGCCAGAACAAGCUUGAUUACGUUCUUGCGCUCACUGUUGAGAACUUCCUUCAGCGUCGCCUUCAGACCAUUGUCUUCAAGAAUGGCAUGGCAAAGUCCAUCCAUCAUGCUCGUGUGCUCAUCAGGCAACGCCACAUUAGAGUUGGGAGGCAGCUUGUCAACAUUCCCUCAUUCAUGGUCAGAGUUGACUCUGAGAAGCACAUUGACUUCUCCCUUACCAGCCCGCUUGGUGGUGGUGAGCCUGGAAGAGUCAAGAGAAAGAACCAGAAGAAGGCUUCUGGUGGAGGCGGUGAUGGUGAUGAGGAUGAAGAGUGAUCAUGUGAUGAUUGCUCCCGGUUUUGUUCUUAGGACCUAAUUUUUCUGGCCCUGUUAGGACCUAAACUUGUUACAUGAACUGAAGCAAAGAGUUGGCCACCACCAGCUGUCUAAAAUUGCAAUUUAAUUAUCGAAAACCAUCAUUGCUGAGACUUAUGUUUCAUUGGGGCUUUUGUCUGAUGAAUAUGCAUGUGAAUUCAGUGACACCUCAGAAAAUUGUUUCACCAGUUACUUAAAUGAGCACCAUAA